GCGUGUUAACGCUACUUCUGCUCCAACAAGCUCAUUACCUCGACGCCAUCUCGGGAUAAAGGAUUAUCUCUCGACUUAUUUAGCAUCAGAAGUAAUUAAAACUAAUUAGACAACAAAAUAACGCUAUAGUCGUUAAGUAAUUACUUCUGCGUGAGAGUCGUUUGGAUAAUAAAGUGUAAUAUCCACUCGCGAAGAAGAAGCUUAGCUUGCUGUUAGCUUGCGACGUCGUUAGCUAACGUUAGGUUAAGCCAACUUAGCUGCAGGGGAAUUUCACAGCUUGUUUAUGUUUUCGCCAACUCAGAGAAAUGUUAGACGGCUCUCCGGCUCACAGCGAUGAGGCCAACAUCGGCAACGUCGAAAACAACAACCCGAAAUCUUUGAUUUCCAGCAGCGAUGGGUUGAACACGGGCAACAAAACGAGGCAGGCGCUGCUGAAGAAAGGAGGCAGGAAGCUGCGGUCAGCAGCGCCGAUGCAUCACCAGAAACCCCCGAGAAACUGCCCCAACAUCCGCCUUUCAGACCUCAACAACAACAACAGCAGCACUCUGACGGCUCCGUCGGCAAACAGAGCUGCAGCUCAGCCCGGCACCGACACACAGACCGCCCUGACCCUCCAUCAGCUCAAACAGGGAGCCAAGAAAGAGCUGCUGAAAUCCAGAGGUGGCAGAUUGGAACGAGGGGCCAUGCAGCCGGGGGGCCAACCUCCCCGCAACCUGCCCAGACACGAUCAGAUCACCCAGAACGUGGUGACACGGAGCCACAAGCCCAAACAGGGCCAGACCCCCGGCGCUUCUCACCCCUCAAAGAAAGAUAACAGCAGCCCCAAUAAGCCCUUUUCGCUCCACCAGCCUCCGCUCCGGGAGCAGAAAAAACCCCUCCACGCCUCCAACAAUGUGAAGAUCGUGAACACACCGCCUGCUGAAGCCGCGUCUGAAUACCUCAAAGAUGGCGAGAAGAUCUACGCUGGAGCGAAGUUCAGUGAGCCGCCCUCACCGAGUGUCUUACCCAAACCGCCCAGCCACUGGGUCGGAGAAAACGAGCCUCAACAGAGCAACCAAAGCCGAGAGCAAAUGAGCGUUCACUUAAAGUCGCUGCUGAAGGUUCAGGAUAAAUCAUGAUCGCAGGUUUGUGAUUGGAACAAUUGGAAACUUUGUGAGUUAAAUUGAGUUUGGCCUUUAACACACUGCAAUACGAUAUAGGGAGUUUUUAUUAACUGUAGUACAAUUUCCCAUAAUUCAACAUGCUGCCUGCAUUUGUGAACAUUUUUAGAGACUCUGUGUUGUUGCUGGAUCUGACCGACCUGCUGUGCACGUCACCUCUCGCUGUCACCUUUUGUGAUUAAUGUUGUUGAGACGUUAUUUUCAGGACGUAAACGUAAGUAUGAAAAGGAUGAGGUCGUCUCCAGCAGCAACACAGAUCUGUGUCUCGUGUUUACAUUAUGUAAAGAGAUGAUGACACUUUCUUUGGACAUUUUUGAUAAGGCAGCCUUGUGUCGAUUUUGACUUUUUAAAGAGCUUCUGUAAAUGUACAUAAUGUAAACAUAUAUUUGUGUAUAUUUUUCCUUAUUGUUUUAACUGAGAUUCUAGUUUUGUUACUGAGGUCACAAAAAAAAAGUCCCCUGCGAACUUGAGGCACUUUGUUCCAGCUCAGUUCAGCGUGAGGUGCAGUGGAUGAAAAAGAGACUCUUGCUGAUUUGCACUGAAAACUAAAAUCAGGAAGGGCGGGAAACCAAAUUUUCAUGUUCCAAAGCUUGACCAGCCACUUUGAUAAAUUCACUAGCCAGCUUAAAGCGCCGGAGAGGACUUCCAGAUUCUGGCUGGUUACCUUUCAAAAUGGCUCAGAUAGCGGACAAGUCAAAAGCGGAAUCCACCAGCUGGUGGCUGAAGUCCUUUCCCUUCCCUGAACACGGGUCCAUUCGGUGAAAAGACGGGGACUGUGAGGCUGCUGAAUCCUCAGCGAACUGAAGAGAGGACGACAAUGUGAAAAGCCUCACACCCAGCUGCUGCAGGAAGCCAGUAUCCAGCAUCCAGAGCGAGUGCUUCUUCUUUUUUUAACUCUAUUGCACUGACUUCGAGUACGUUCACAUUAAGCCGGUUAAAUUUACACUUUCACACUCCGUUUCAGCCGUUUGUCCACACUAAGCCGCCGUGUCUUAAGACAAAAAAACGAAGUGCGCUUUGUGUUGCAGAAAACUGGCCUGCACAGUCACGGGAUGCGUGGCAGGAAAAUUAAGGAGGUAAUUUUCUUCAAACUUUCUCUGUGAAGCGAUAACAUACAACACAGGCGAAGGCCAAAACAGCUUCCAUUACUCACCUGUUUUUAGGUAUAAGUAUUUUGGCGAAUACCAGAAAAAUUAUCUGCAACUAUUUUUUUUUAAAUUGUUUAAGCACAAAAACAAACAUUUGCUGAUCCCAUCUUCUAAAAUGUGAGGAUUUGCUGGUUUUUUUUCUGUUUUACCGUAAACAUUUAGUUUGUCAGACAAACUGGCGUUUUAUAGGAUGAUAUAAAACGGUCCAUUAAUCAAAAUAAUGAUUAGCUGUAGCCUUACUCAUGAUUGUAAAAUAAUGACUUGAACCAGAGCAGCUAGGGAUUGACUGCUGCUUAACAUGUUAUGUUAUCAAUCAUCAUUAUAAACUCUAUCCAUUAUAUGGCUGUAGAAACGGAUAAACAUAUAGAGUAAGUGAGGACAAAGUAAAUGGUGAGUUCUGCAGUAUUAAAAGACAGUAUAGGUGAACACAGAGAGCAGGAGGGGACAGAAAGAGGUUUAAAGAGCUGAGACUCAGCAAAGUGUUAGUCCCGCUCCUCAGCUGGUGUUUGUUGUGAUGAGAGUUUUAUUGUUUGCAGAAUGAAAAGAAGUUAAAGAUGAAGAGAUUAAGCUAUUUUCCUGUUCAGUGUGGAUGUUGAUCUUUACCAAAACAACAUAGAAGUAGUGAAGACGCACAUUGUUUUUACACUUAAACUGCGUUUUAAAAGUUGUAUGGCUUCAUGUGGACGUAGUCUUGCUUUGUAUGUUUAUUUUUUUUUUUAGAGGGGACCUGUUUUCACACAACUUUACUUUUUACUUUAAAGCAUGUUAAUGUAUACCAAGAGUAUGUGUUGAAAUUGGCACGGAUGAUCUUGUGAUUACAGUAUUUGCUUUUUGUUUUUAUUUUAAUGGUUUCUGUGGAUGCAGGCAGCUGCUGGAUCUUGUUUCUUGACCUCUGUGACGUCACGUAAAUGGAAAAUUGUAUUACUGUAGCAGAAACUGCCUGUUUUUUAUUGCAGUGUUUGGAAAUUAUUUCAUUCCAGUUUUGAGAAUAUGCUAAAAAGACACGCCUCCAUGCCGCAAUUUGGGAAAGAAUGUUCUUUUAUGAAGCCUUUCAUAUCUAAAUUAAAAAUUAUAUUAAAAUAUUGGUUACCCCUAUUA